AUGACGGUGAUGUCUGGAGAGAACGUGGAUGAGGCUUCGGCCGCCCCGGGCCACCCCCAGGAUGGCAGCUACACCCGGCCGGCCGAGCACGACGACCACGAGUGCUGCGAGCGCGUGGUGAUCAACAUCUCCGGGCUGCGCUUCGAAACGCAGCUCAAGACCCUGGCGCAGUUCCCCAACACGCUGCUGGGCAACCCUAAGAAACGCAUGCGCUACUUCGACCCCCUGCGGAACGAGUACUUCUUCGACCGCAACCGGCCCAGCUUCGACGCCAUCCUCUACUACUACCAGUCCGGGGGCCGCCUGCGGAGGCCGGUCAACGUGCCCCUGGACAUGUUCUCCGAGGAGAUCAAAUUUUACGAGCUGGGCGAGGAGGCCAUGGAGAAGUUCCGGGAGGACGAGGGCUUCAUCAAGGAGGAGGAGCGCCCCCUGCCCGAGAAGGAGUACCAGCGCCAGGUGUGGCUGCUCUUCGAGUACCCUGAGAGCUCCGGGCCAGCCCGGGUCAUCGCCAUCGUCUCCGUCAUGGUCAUCCUCAUCUCCAUCGUCAUCUUUUGCCUGGAGACUCUACCUGAGCUGAAGGAUGACAAGGACUUCACGGGCACCGUGCACCGCAUCGACAACACCACGGUUAUCUACAAUUCCAACAUCUUCACGGACCCCUUCUUCAUCGUGGAGACCCUGUGCAUCAUCUGGUUCUCCUUUGAGCUGGUGGUGCGCUUCUUCGCCUGCCCCAGCAAGACAGACUUCUUCAAAAACAUCAUGAACUUCAUCGACAUUGUGGCCAUCAUCCCCUAUUUCAUCACCCUAGGCACCGAGAUAGCCGAGCAGGAGGGGAACCAGAAGGGUGAGCAGGCCACUUCGCUGGCCAUCCUCAGGGUCAUCCGGUUGGUAAGGGUUUUUAGAAUCUUCAAACUCUCCCGCCACUCUAAGGGCCUCCAGAUCCUGGGCCAGACCCUUAAGGCUAGUAUGAGAGAGCUAGGGCUGCUUAUCUUUUUCCUCUUCAUUGGGGUCAUACUGUUUUCUAGCGCAGUGUACUUUGCCGAGGCGGAAGAAGCUGAGUCGCACUUCUCCAGUAUCCCCGAUGCUUUCUGGUGGGCGGUGGUGUCCAUGACCACUGUAGGAUACGGUGACAUGUACCCUGUGACAAUUGGAGGCAAGAUCGUGGGCUCCUUGUGUGCCAUCGCUGGUGUGCUGACAAUUGCCCUGCCCGUACCUGUCAUUGUGUCCAAUUUCAACUAUUUCUACCACCGAGAAACUGAGGGGGAAGAGCAGGCUCAGUUGCUCCACGUUAGCUCCCCUAACUUAGCCUCUGACAGUGACCUCAGUCGGCGCAGUUCCUCUACUAUCAGCAAAUCUGAGUACAUGGAGAUCGAAGAGGAUAUGAAUAAUAGCAUAGCCCAUUAUAGACAGGCCAAUAUCAGAACUGGCAAUUGCACCACAGCUAACCAAAACUGCGUUAAUAAGAGCAAGCUACUGACCGAUGUUUAA